AUGACCAAACCUAGUUUGCUUGAGCUCCCGCCGGGAGUUCAGCUCGUAUAUCUGGCCGAGGGCGGUGCCAAUGUGGUCUAUCGUUUUGUUUCGGCGGUGAAAUCGCCCCUCCCAGCCAAGAGAUCCCAGAAAGCCUUUGUCUCCAACACAGCGGCCAAUGUCUCGUACAAAGAGAUUAUGCAAAACUUUAAUGCUAUCGUACGCCCGCUUUUCAGGGACGACGAGCUGGUUGAUCAGACGCUUAUCCAGCUACCAGAGGGUCUGAUCCAUCGCUGCAAUGAACAGCUUCGCCUCGCCGAAACGAAUGGCGAGCGGCCGAAGAAAAGGCAUGGCGGGUAUCUGAGUCUCACGGAGCCAUUCGGGUUACUCGUCACCGACAUGACAACCUUUGAUGAACCAGGCUCGACGCUAGCAGAGCUGAAACCAAAGUGGCUCACUCAGUCUCCCUCGGCACCAGCUACAGCUCACAGAUGUCGAACAUGUGCGCUGAGGGAAAUGAAGAAUUGCGAUGCGCGAAGUCUUGGACAGAAAGAGCAGCGAUCCUUUUGCCCUCUAGAUCUCGUAUCGGAAACUUUUGAACAAGUUCUCCGCGUUACCGAUUUCAUCAAAGGGUGCAGCGACCGAGUACGGCUGGCCCAUAUAUUGUUCCGCAAUCCCACGCUUCAGAAACUACUAUCUCAUCAGAAGGCAUAUCACACAGUUGGCCUACAUGGACCUCCCGCACAGUCGCGAGAGAAUUCCCUCGAUAUGACGCUCCGAGACUGCACAAUGUAUAUCAAGAUCCCCCAGGACGAAAAGUCACCGGUGGAGAUUCGCCUCGGUGAUCUUGACCUCAAGACUGGUGCCGGUGGCAAAGCCCAGUACUGGCGCGACCUGGAACUUCAAUUGAUCGAAGGAGGCUGGUAUGACGGAUUCAAAAGCACCCAGGAAUCUUGUGAAUGUGCUCUUCAGCACUCAUCCGCUCAUCAGCAUCCAGAACCCUGA